AUGGUUAGGGUUGGAUUAGGAAGAAUGUGUCUAAUGGUUAGAAUUCUACAGAGAAAACAAAUAAAAAAGAAAACGAAAAAGAAAAAAAAGAAAGAAAGAAGAAAAGAAGAGAAAAGAAGAGAAAAGAAGAGAAAAGAAGAGAAAAGAAGAGAAGAGAAGAGAAAGAAAAAGAGAAAGAGAAAGACAAAGAGAAAGAGGAAAAACGCGCGAGUGCAGGUUGCAGAGCUCGAAUAUAAUUUUUUGAAAGAAAUAAAGAAAUAUGAAGAUAAAGAAAACAAAUUGAUUCUUAAAAAGACUAGUCAAUUGAUUCCCAACUCUCCUACACCAGUCUCUUUUCAGAUAAUUAUCCUGCCAGCAUUAUCAUCAUCUCCUACCACCACGCCUCAAGCGAGGAUUCGCAUUCCCAUUGCCAUCCAUCCUUUCAUUCACCCGCAUCGGCAGAGCAAUUACCUUCAGCAAGAUGUAGACGUGCAGCAGCGGCAGCACGAAAGUGGAUAUGAUUUUGGCGAGAUCGAAAAGGAUUUUGAUGAGGCGCAUGAUCGUAGCUGCGGAUGCUGA